AUGAUUUGUGUUUUCUUAACAUAGCACAAACUUCAUGAACCAUUCAACUCAAAAAGGAAACCUACUCACAAACUCAUUUUACCACUUUCAAGAUCCAGAUUGGAGAGAAAAUUGUAUCAAGCUCCUGUUUUUCCUUCAUUUCUUGCUGUUUUGAUUUUUUGGAAACUUAGUUCAAGCUCCUGGCCCUCUUCAGCAUGGCACCUCCGGUGAUCAAACAGUUGUCGAAUAAACCUGCGAAUGUUUGUGGCAAAUUGCUUUUAUUUUCUGGACUAACCAUGUACACAAUGUACAUUCUCUCCUCCAACCACCACUGCUGCCAAUCCUCCACUCUCUUCCCCAACUCAAACCACCUGUCAAACGAUCCUGACUCGAUUUCCUACUCUCCCACCAACAUUACCCACAUUGUUUUUGGUAUAUCAGGUUCAUCAAGAGCAUGGAACAACAAGAAGUGGUACGUCGAGUCGUGGUGGAAACCAAACACAACUCGUGGAUUCCUCUUCCUAGACCGCCCUCCAACCGAGUUUCUUCCAUGGCCUUUAGCAAUUGAUCCACCCUUUCGGGUUUCUGAAAACACGUCGAAAUACAAGGAGUACGACAGGCAUCUGAUGCCUUACGCAAUCCGAAUGGCUAAGGUGAUUGUGGAGACAUUCAAGGCUCAAAAUAAAGGUGUGAGGUGGUAUGUGAUGUCCGACGACGACACGAUAUUUUUCACGAAUAAUUUAGUGGAGGUUCUUGGAAAAUAUGAUCAUAGGAAGUACUAUUACAUUGGGAGGAAUUCGGAAUGUGUUGUGAAUAAUGUGUGGGGGUCAUUUGAAAUGGGAUUUGGGGGAGCUGGAUUUGCUUUGAGUUAUCCUCUAGCAGAAGCACUGGCUAAGAAUUUGGAUGUGUGUAUCAAAAGGUAUCCUUAUGUGUAUGGAAGUGACCAUAUUUUGCAGUCUUGUGUUGCUGAUUUGGGAGUGCCUCUAACUCAUGAGAAGGGCUUUCAUCAGAUUGAUCUCCGUGGUGACAUAUCAGGACUUCUCUCAGCACACCCACAAUCCCCUCUCCUCUCCCUCCACCACCUCGACGCCGUGAAGCCCAUUUUCCCCCUCCUGAACCGUUACGAAUCCCUUCACCACCUUAUGAAAGCCGCGAAAGCCGACGAGUCUCACUUGCUCCAACAAACCGUUUGCUAUCACAAGCAAACCAACUGGACUUUCUCCAUAUCGUGGGGCUACUCGGCCCACAUUUACGAAACCUUUUUCCCACCAAGUAUUCUUCAGAAGCCUAUCGAGACAUUUGUUCCUUGGAAAAAAGGCGCAUUUCCACCAUACAUGUUCAACACGCGGCUUCCUUCUAAUGAUCCUUGUGAAUCCCCUCACGUUUUUUUCUUCGAUACGGUGGAGCAAUCUACAGGAGGGAGAAUAGUUUUGAGCUAUACGCGAAAAUGGGAACGCAAAUUACCAGCUUGUUCGGCAAGUGGAAAUCGUUCGGCUGAUCACAUAGCCAAAAUUCACGUCGUAUCACCAGUUGGAAGACUUAUAAGUGGCGUGAGUGAUUCAAGUCGCCGUCUAUUCUUUCCUUCUACUCCAUCGAUGAAUAUGAAUUCACAAGAAUACCUCAAAAACCCUUGUAUAACCAUGGGCUUUGUUUUCAUUUUUCAGGCUGGGAGUAGACGAGAAUGCUGUGAUGUUUUACGAGUGAGUGACAUGAAUGCUACCGUGAUCGAGCUUAGAGCUUGCUUGAAAGACGAAAUGCUGGCUUGAAAGCAAAUAUAUAGGAGUAGUACAAUAUAUGUUGGAGACAAUUUGUAAUAAGGUGUGGUGGAUAAAUUGGGAAACAAUCAGUGGCGAACGCAGAAACUUGAUAAAGUGGUGGCGAACGCAGAAAUUUGAUAAAGCGGUGACCAAAUGCAAAAGUGGUUUUUAGAAGGUGGCCUAUUAAUAUGGACAAAUUAUUGCAUCAAGAUUUUCAAGGGGAAUAAGUUAUAAACACCAAAAUGUAAUCUAAAUUCCCUUGAUCCAUCCCAGCCAAAUAUUGAGCGUAUUUCUUGUAUUGACUAAUAUUGGGCAUAUUUCUUAUAUUGAUUGAGUUGUUGAGCUUGA